AAAAAAAAAAAAAAAGAAUCCAUAAAAAUCCACAUGUAUAAACAAAAGUCCAUAAAGAUGAAAAUUUUAGAUAUUAUAAUUCCAUAAAAGCUACCUAUCUACCUACCUAACAAGGUAGGUACCUAGGUAGCCUCAUCAAAAGUAACGACGCCGGCCGUCCUAGUACGGAACUCCAACUUUUGGGCAAAACUAACUGGGAAUCUUGGCGAGGGUAUUCAUCGUGACGGAAGGAGUAGAAUGAGAUCGUCUCCACGUUUUUUUCUUGAUUUCGUUAUAGGCGUUAGUAGAGUGGUGUGAGUGAUAUGGAUAAUAAAUAUAAAUGUAAUAGAUAAUGCUAUUCUACCCACGCAUUUCAUGAGCCGGAGUAUCUCUCUUUCGGCCACAUCCAGGAAACUGAAGAAGCUCAAGAGACUUAAACCCCUGAAAAGCCCCCACCUCAUAAUCCUCUUGAGCUAAUACCCCGCGGAGAGCUACAAUAUUGUCACGAGUUUCUCAAAAUCGAGAGUUUAUUUCUACAGUAGGGAAAAGGGGUAGAAACCAAACAAACACCAAAAAUAAUCAACACGAACAAAAAAGAAAAAAAAAUGUCGCCCCCUCUGAUAACCCACCUCUACACCGCGGACCCCUCCGCGCACGUCUUCGACGGGAAGCUGUACAUCUACCCGUCGCACGACCGCGAGACCGACAUCCAGUUCAACGACAACGGCGACCAGUACGACAUGGUCGACUACCACGUCUUCUCCCUCGACUCGCCGGCCGCCCACCCGCCCAAAGUCACAGACCACGGCGUCGUCCUCAGCGCCCGCGACGUCCCCUGGGUCGACCGCCAGAUGUGGGCCCCCGACGCCGCGCGCCGCGGGGGGAAGUACUACCUGUAUUUCCCGGCGCGCGACAAGGAGGGCGUGUUCCGCAUCGGCGUCGCGGCUGGGGACACGCCCGCGGGCCCGUUCGCGCCGGACCCGGAGCCGAUCCCGGGGAGCUUCAGCAUCGAUCCCGCGGCGUUCGUGGACGACGACGCGGCCGAGAGCGCGUACCUGUACUUCGGAGGCUUGUGGGGCGGGCAGCUGCAGUGCUACCAGCGCGGCAACGCGCCCGAGUGCUUCGACGAGAAGUGGCUAGGCGCGAAGGAGCCGGCGGGGGAGGGGGCGCGGGCGCUGUUCCCGAAGGUGGCGAGGCUGAGUGACGAUAUGCGGUCGUUUGCGGGGGGCGGGGUGAGGGAUCUCGUGAUACUGGCCCCGGAGACGGGGGAGCCGAUCGAGGCGGACGAUCACGAGAGGAGGUUCUUCGAGGCGGCGUGGAUGCAUAAAAGGGGCGGGAAGUACUACUUCAGCUACUCGACGGGGGACACGCACUUCCUCGUGUACGCGGUGGGGACGAGUCCGCUGGGACCGUUCACGUAUGCGGGGAGGUUGCUGGAGCCGGUGCUGGGGUGGACGACGCACCAUUCGGUGGUGGAGUUUAGCGGGCGCUGGUGGUUGUUUUAUCAUGAUUGUGAACUGAGUGGGGGGGUUAAUCAUUUGAGGUCUGUGAAGGUGAGGGAGGUGUUUUAUGAUGGGGAGGGGAGGAUGAGUACGGAGGUGGUGGGGUAGGGAGGUAGGCUCGGCGAUGUGAUAAUCCAUCCCUAUCGAUCGCCGAGGAUAUGUUUUCAGCUUGCCACAGGGUCGUAGUUGUCCAUCGCUUAUGUUGACCCAGUUCUUGU